CGCGCCGGCGGACCCCACCCCGCAGUGGGGCCCGUGGAGCAGAAGCUACAGUCACUUCCUGAAGGCAGCGGCCUCGGCUCAGGUCCACUCACCCUGUGGCCUGUCACCCACCUGCAGCCAUGGGGAGUCAUCAGGACUUUCGGAGCCUUCAAGCAAAGUUCCAGGCCUCUCAGCCCGAGACCAGCGAACUCCCCAAAAAAUCCCCGAAGCCCGAGUUCAACAAACUCCUCAAAAGAUUUCCGCAGCCUGAGCUAGGCGAGCACCCCAAGAAGCCCCCGCAGCCCGAGUUCACUGAUCUACCCAAGAAGCCCUGCAAACUUGAGUCCAGUGAACUCUCCAAGAAGCUCCCACAACUAGAGGCCCCUCAAAAGCCCCCGCAGCCUGAGCUCAGCAACACCCCCAGGCUCCCCAUAGAGCCCAAGUUCAGUGCAUUCCCCAGGAAGUUCCAGCAGCCUGAGCCCAAUGAGGCCACCCCGAAGCCCUUGCAGCCCGAGUUCAGUGCUCUUCCCAAGAAGCCCCUGCAGCCUGAGUUCUGUGUGCUCCCCAGAAAGCCCCCGCAGCCUCAGGUCAGUGAUCUCCCUAAGAAGUCCCUGCUGCAUCCCGAGUCCAGUGAGGUCCCUCCAACGCCCCCCUCAAAGCCUGAAUUUGGAGAGUCCCACCUCCACUCCUCACAGCACAACUUCAGUACUCUUCCCAAGAAGCCCCCGCAGCCUGAGUUCUGUGUGCUCCCCAGAAAGCCCCCGCAGCCUCAGGUCAGUGAUCUUCCUAAGAAGUCCCUGCUGCAUCCCGAGUCCAGUGAGGUCCCUCCAACACCCCCCUCAAAGCCUGAAUUCGGAGAGCCCCACCCCCACUCCUCACAGCACAACUUCAGUACUCUUCCCAAAAAGAUCCCACGGCCUCAGCGGAGUGACCUCCCCAAGAAGCCCCCGCAGCCUGAGUUUGGUGACCUCACCAGGACGACCUCGGAGCCCGAAGUCAGUGUGAUUCCCAAGAGGCCACGGCAGUGCGAGUCCAAAGCCCUCUCCAAGAAGCCCCUGAAUCCUGAGCUGGGCAACCUCCCUAGGACAUCCUCGGAGCCCGAGUUCAGCCUGCUCCCCCAGAAGUUUCUGCAGCCCGGGGGUCAGGGGCCACCCCGCAAGUUCUCACAGCCUGAUCCCAGUUCUCUGCUCAAGAAGCACCCACAGUCUGAGUUCCUUGGUGACCUCCCUAGAAAGCCCCCACUCCCUGGCUCCUGUUCAGAGAGCUCACUGCCCACUGCCAUGGGAGGCUCCAGCCCCAGGUUUCUCCUCAGCCCAGGGUUUGGAGCCAGACAGCAGAGAUCACGAGCCUGCAGUGGAGGCUCGAGGCCGGUCCUCAAAUCUGGCCACCCACCCCGGCGGAGGCCUCUGCCCUCGGUCAGCAGCCUGGGCCCCCCUCCAGCCAAGCCCCCACUGCCCCCAGGCCCCAGGGACAUCCAGAGCUUUUGGAGAACCUCAGCAGCAAGCACAGCUUCUGCCGGCCUCCACUUCCAGGCUCGACAGCCCAAAGACAUCCCACCGGACCCAGAUGAGGCCUACGAGCUGUACGACGACGUGGAGCCCACAGCUGACUCCAGCCCCAGCCCCAAGGGCAGAGAAGCAGUGCUGUCUACCCAGCAACCCCUCUGGAGGCCACCACAAGACCCAGAGCCCAGGAAGGAGAAGGCCCCCCAGCCACAGCAGUUGCCGCCCACGGACCUGAAGUCUCUGAGGCAGAUCCGGAAAGCAGAGAAAGCUGAGCGGGAGUUCCGGAAGAAGUUCAAGUUUGAGGGGGAGAUUGUGAUUCAGACAAGGAUGAUGAUCGACCCCAAUGCGAAGACCCGUCGUGGGGGUGGCAAGCACCUGGGGAUUCGGCGUGGGGAGAUCCUGGAGGUGAUUGAGUUCACCAACAAGGAGGAGAUGCUCUGCCGGGACACCAAGGGCAAGUAUGGCUAUGUGCCCAGAACAGCUCUACUGCCCCUGGAAACAGAGGUGUAUGACGAUGUCGCUUCCUGGGAUCCUCUGGAUAACCAACCUUUCCCCGGGGGACGAUAAGGCCUACAGGUGUGGGGACCCAGGACAACCCACCAGCCCAGCCACCUCUUAACCCAAGAAGCCCUGGAUCCCAGUUUGGCCAUCACAGAACUGCCCAGAUUCCUGUCUGACCACGUACACAGACCACAUAAAGCCCCUCUUUUA